GUCUUUGUCCCUGCCACCAAGCUUCAAAAUAAUAAGCAGCUAGAGCUCACAUUAACCCAACUCCACCACUUCCAUCCACCGAGUUUCUCUCCUCCCAUACACAAGAAUGAGAGCUCAUCUGGUUCUCCUCUUUCUUGCUCUCAUCAUCUCCCUCGACGGAAACCUCAACCCUGUUUCUUCUCAGUCAUCUCCGGUCUUGUCAUCGGAAAAUGACCAUAAACUGCCGGAUAACGAAACCAUAUACAAAAUCUCUAAACAGUUAUGUUGGGGUUGCGUGGGUGAGUCUCUGCAGUUCUUGUUUGCACACAACAUGGUCAGAGCCAGAAAAUUGGAGCUACCCCUGACGUGGGAUUACCAGCUCGAGAACUACGCCAAGUGGUGGGCAGGGCAGAGGAAAGCCGACUGUGCCGUGGAGCAUUCUUUUCCGGAAGGUGGCUUCAAGCUGGGCGAGAACGUGUAUUGGGGGAGCGGCUCGAGCUGGACGCCUACCGACGCUGUGAAUGCAUGGGCGGCCGAAGAGAAGUACUACACGUACGCCAGCAAUAGUUGUCAAGAUGGGCAGAUGUGCGGCCACUAUACUCAAAUUGUGUGGAAGACAACUCGACGGAUUGGAUGUGCUCGAGUAGUCUGUGAUGAUGGAGACGUGUUUAUGACUUGUAAUUACGACCCCCCUGGGAAUUAUGUUGGAGAAAGGCCGUAUUAAGGGGGGUUUGUAAUUGGGUCUCUGGUUAGAUCCGAAUAUUCAUAAGUUAUAUUGCUUGUGCUGUGUGUGUAUAAAAUUAGUGUAUCAUAUUGGUUGGGAACUGUUAUAGGCUUUGUAUUAGUUCGAGUUAGUUGUAUAGAUGGGUUGGGUUAGGGUUAUGGAUAGUGGGUUAGUCAUUGAAGUAGGGAUGAUAAAUAGAUAAAUAAUAGUAUACUGUUAUUGCCCCAAAAGGCUUUUCUUGUUCCUCUCAUCAGACACCAUUAAUGGGGCAAAUUUUAACCCCUAAACAACCCUUGUUCCCUCUUAGGAGGAGGUGUUGUUCAA